AUGGUUGCACUUGCGCAAUGGGCGCUCCUUCUCCUGGCGCCCUUCUCGCGCGGAGUGCUGGCUGCCCAGGACGUCGAAGGGAACCCGGUUCUUACCCUGGGCGAUGUCGUCCCCAUCGAUAGCCCUGGCACUUUCUACUCGGACUUGCAUCCUUGCCCUGCAUCUUGUGCAGGCAGCAAGCCAGCGAAUUGGACCGUCUACUCUUCAGCCGACCGUCUAGCCCUCUGUGCCGAGCCGGUACUCUUUGAUCUUGCAAUCUACAAUCCGGUCGAUACUCCCAACGCGCGGGUCAAGCUGCGUGCUUGUACCCCUGGAGCCAGCGGUAAUGCCAACUCCACCGUCAACGCACUCUUCCAGCAAGCCAGCUCCGCCCCGACCAAGCGCGCAGAAGAUGCAGCUGCAAGCUGUCUGCCUACCGCCGAAGAGCGCCGCAUCCCUGUCGAGUUUGGCACAGCCGGCGCUAUUCGCACGGAUCGCGAGACGACAGGCGCUGUCUCUGCUGCCCUGGACGAGCUGCAGAGGUACCUCAGUCACAAGCGUCACUGCGGCGAGUCUAUUGUCUUUGCGCACGUCAAUGGCACCGUUGCUGGAGCUUAUGUUGGCCCUUCCUUUGGCCAAGCAACAAUCGCCUCGAUUGUCUCUCGCCUCACGGACCACGUCAAGGACGAAGGCUCGUCGGAUACCAUGGCUGCUCAGGUUUGUGGCAAGGGCCGGAAUGCCCACCAUGUUCUUGGUGUUGCGGUCGACACGACGUCCAAUGUCGCUGCCGUCCAGCGUGCCCUCCGCUCCUGGAAGAGCGCUGAGUGUAUUGAUUCGUUUGAUGCAACUGAAACCUGGGAUAAUGUUCAAGUGCACGAGUCGGUCGUCGACAUGAAGCCUAUUGCCGUUUCUUCGCCCGUUGCAUCGCCUACGCCUUUUGCUUCUUCUAUGUCUUCUUCUACGAAAUCUUCCUUACAGCGCCGUGGCGAAUGCUCAACCAUCCGUGUUGUCAGCGGCGACGACUGUGGAAUGCUGGCCGCUCGCUGUGGCAUCUCUGACUCCGAUUUCAUCAAGUACAACUCCGACGCCGAUCUGUGCAGCAAGACUGUGAAGCCUCCAGCUGGCCAGCCGGUUUGCUGCUCCUCCGGCACGCUCCCUGAUAUUCGCCCAAUGUCAAUUGCAAGCGGGACCUGCGCCACUCACUUUGUCGAAAUCGGAGACAACUGCUCUGAUCUCGCAGCAGCCAACGGCCUGACCAUCAGAGAUAUUGAAAAGUUCAACAACGGCACGACCUGGGGAUGGAAUGGGUGCAACGAUCUCGACGCGGGCAUCAAUAUCUGCCUCAGCAAGGGCGACCCGCCGAUGCCAGCACCAGUGUCGAAUGCCAUCUGCGGUCCUACCAAGCCCGGCACGCAGCAACCAACCGACGGCAGUGCCCUGGAGGACUUGAAUCCCUGUCCCUUGAAUGUGUGCUGCAACAUCUGGGGCCAAUGUGGAAUCACCGAGGACUUCUGCCUGGAAGAGCGCGGCCCGGCCGACAACCCUGGCACGUCCCCAGUCGGCAAGAAUGGAUGCGUGUCCAGCUGCGGUGUGGACAUCAAGAACAACGACGAGGGUCCGUCUUCCUACGGCCGUGUGGGAUACUACGAGUCGUGGAACUUUGACCGCGACUGCCUGAACCUGCGGGCGACCAAUGCCAACACUGAUUCCAGCUAUACGCACAUGCACUGGGCGUUUGCUGGCGUCAAUACUGAGGAUUGGACCGUUUCUAUCAACGACAGCUACGGGCAAUGGGAGGACUUCAAGUCUCUGAAUGUGAAGCGGAUCAUCUCCUUUGGCGGCUGGGGGUUCUCAACCGAGCCCGAGACCUACGAUGUGCUGCGACAGGCCAUGAGCCCUGCCAACCGGGCAACCUUUGCUACAAACGUGGCCAAGUUUCUGAGCGAUGAAGGGCUGGACGGGGUGGACUUUGAUUGGGAGUAUCCUGGCGCAACGGACAUUCCUGAUACACCUCCAGGUCAAGCUUCGGAUGGCGCCAACUAUUACAAAUUUCUGAUUGUGAUGAGACGCAAGCUGGCCGAUGACAUGUCGCUCUCCAUUGCUGCUCCUGCUUCGUAUUGGUAUCUCAAAGCAUUUCCCAUCAAGAACAUGGCCGAGGAGCUCGACUACAUUGUCUACAUGACAUACGAUUUGCACGGUCAAUGGGAUGCAGGCAAUCAGUACUCCAUGGAAGGCUGUCCUACAGGAAACUGUCUACGCAGUCACGUCAACCUGACUGAAACAACGUACACAUUGUCCAUGAUCACCAAGGCCGGCGUGCCGUCCAACAAGAUCUUCGUCGGCGAGUCCAGCUACGGCCGAUCAUUCCACAUGGCCGAGGAAGGGUGCACCGGUCCUAUGUGUGGCUUUACUGGAGAUCGAUUAAACUCCGAUGCUCAGAAGGGCUCGUGCACCGACACUGCUGGAUACAUCUCAAAUGCCGAGAUCGAUCAGAUUCUUACCCUUGAGGACAACGUGAAAUCGUGGCAUGAUGGCGCCUCCAAUUCUGACAUUAUGGUUUGGGAUGAUCUGGAAUGGGUUGCGUACAUGUCGGAGACCACAAAGUCCACUCGACGGGACCAUUGGAAAGGCCUCAACUUUGCCGGCACAAUCGACUGGGCGGUUGACCUGCAGGCCUUUACUGACGAUGACUAUCUGGGCCCCCUGGGCGAUGAGGGUGUCAUUGAGCCUAUGCCAUCCAAGACGCUGGCAGACUGCGACCAAACCUUCUCCUCCAUCGAGGAGAUUGAGGACAACAUUGGCGACAUCCCCGAGGAAUGCAUCUCCGAGUACCUCCUCGUCGCGCUACAGAAACAGCUGGACGACACGCUCAGCCGCUACGAUGCCCUGAUGGAAGACGGCUACGACAAGAGCUUCGACGUCUACGCCGGGGCCGUCGUCGACAGCGGCGAGAAGCAAGUGCGCAACUUCACCAUGAACACCGGAAACGACUACUUCACCUGCAUCGUGACCGAGUGGAUCCGCUGCUGCGAGAUGUGCUACGAUGACAGCGGCAAGGACUCGCUCGACUGCCGGUACUGCGGCGACUUCGACUGCGGCUGGGAGGGCGUCUGCGAGAACCCCGAGGUGCACUGCGACCCCCCCAACUACGAGUACCUCAACAUGACCCAGCCCUGCCCGCCGGACUACUCCCUGCGCGGCCAGUCCAAGCCGCCCAAGGGCGAUCUGUACUCCGAGUCCGUGUACUGGACGCUGCGGGACAGCAAGGCCGACCAGUUCUUCGCGGACCUCUACACGAACGUCGGCAUCGACAAGGAGAACAUCGCGUUCAAAGACGUCCACCACAUCACCUGCGGCAGCGACAACAGCGACUCGUGCGGCCCCAACUGGUACUGGGACUACGACUUCCCCGUGCCCGAGGGGUACGAGAAAGAGGACGUCAUCAACCCGGAGGACGUGGUCAGCGAGGCCCGCAAGAACCUGACCGACCUCAGCCCGCAGAUGACGCAGGUCAUCAAGGACGUCCACGACCGGGUCUACCUCGGCGACGCAGCGGACCUGGUCGACGCGCUCUCCCUGCCCAUCUACAUGGUGACCGACGCCGUCGCCAACAUGGAGGAGAUCGUCGACAUCGCCGAGGAGAUCCGCGAGGCGGAGCGCAAGGCCAUCAUCCUGGCCUUCCUCAGCGCCAUCCUCUUCUUCGUGCCGGUCAUCGGCGAGAUUGCCAGCGCGGUGUCCUCGCUGGCGACCAUCGGCCGCGUGAUCUCGCUUCUCGGCGCCGUGGGCAAUGCCGCGUUUGACGUGUACACGAUUGUCGAUGAUCCGGAGAACGCGCCGCUGGCGAUCUUCAGCUUGGUGCUGGCCCCUCUGGCUCUCUCGGAUGUGGUGGCUAUCUCCAAGGCUGCGCAGGUCCGCCGGGGUAUGUCGGCUGACCAGCUGGCGACGCUGGGAGGGACCGUGUCGAAGAAUUUGGAUACCGUCCAGCGCUUGAAGGGUACGUGUCGGCUGUGA